AAGAUGGAGGUCAAAAACCACACCAGUGUGACAGAAUUCAUCCUUUUGGGGUUAACACAGGAUCCUACACUUGGAGUCAUCUUGUUUGUGAUAUUUCUAGGUAUCUAUGCUGUAACUUUAACAGGCAAUAUCAGCAUAAUUACUUUAAUAAGAAGCUGCUCCCAACUGCAAACCCCUAUGUACCUCUUCCUCAGUCAUUUGGCCUUUGUGGACAUUGGGUUUUCCACAUCAGUCACUCCUAUAAUGCUUAUAGGAUUCCUUAAAUUCAGAAUGUCUCUCCCUGUUGCUGGAUGUAAAUCUCAGCUGUGUUCUGUGGUCUCCUUUGGAACAACUGAAUGCUUUCUGCUGGCUGCCAUGGCUUACGAUCGCUAUGUGGCCAUCUGCUCCCCCCUGCUCUACUCCAUCCACAUGUCCCCUAAAGUUUGUUCCAUCUUAUUGGGAGCCUCUUACAUAUGUGGAUGCAUAAAUGGUUGGACAUUUACUGGUUGUGUACUAAGCAUGUCUUUCUGUGGGCCAAAUGAGGUAAACCACUUCUUCUGUGAUUUCUCCCCAUUGUUAAAACUUUCCUGCUCAGACAUCUCACUUAUAGGAAUUAUCCCUUCUAUCUCUUCUGGACUGGUCAUUAUGUCUACAGUGUGUGUCAUAUCCCUCUCUUAUGUCUUCAUCCUCAUCACGGUCCUGAAGAUGCGCUCCAAGGAAGGGCGCCAGAAAGCCUUCUCCACCUGCACCUCCCACCUCACUGCAGUCACUCUCUACUACGGGACUAUUUUCUUUAUUUAUGUCAUGCCUAAAUCCAGUUACUCAACUGAGCAGAACAAAGUGAUAUCUUUGUUCUAUACCGUGGUGAUUCCCAUGUUGAACCCACUUAUUUAUAGUCUGAGAAACAAAGAUGUAAAGGAGGCCCUGAGAAAAUCAACUGUUGGGAUACUUUCUUAA